AUGGCCCGAACUAAGCAAACCGCGAGGAAGUCUACGGGCGGAAAGGCUCCAAGGAAACACUUAGCUACUAAGGCUGCCAGGAAGUCAGCUCCUGCCACUGGUGGAGUUAAAAAGCCUCACAGGUACCGCCCAGGGACCGUUGCUCUACGAGAAAUUAGGCGCUUUCAAAAGUCAACGGAAUUACUCGUCCGCAAACUCCCUUUUCAAAGGCUGGUGAGGGAGAUUGCUCAAGACUUUAAGACAGACCUUAGGUUCCAAAGCACUGCCGUCUCGGCCCUUCAAGAGGCCACUGAAGCUUAUCUUGUGGGUCUUUUUGAGGACACCAACCUAUGCUCUAUUCACGCCAAACGGGUGACUAUAAUGCCGAAGGAUAUUCAACUAGCAAGGAGGAUACGAGGAGAACGAUCAUGA